CUUCCGCUAAGCACCGGAAAUGACGCCAGUGAGUAAACAGUACUCCUGUCAUUGAAAGAUAUUUAUGUUUUGAACCAAACGAAGAAUUCAAGGAGCGAGGUGUAGUAAAGUGCGUGUAACGGGGGAUGGUGCGUCGCUUGGCCUUCGAGCAGCUGCCGUUCUUCCCGAUAAAAGGUCUUCCCAGCACAAGGGUGCUAUAUUCACAGACAUGGAAUUUGAAUUGGAAGAGGAUAAAUUAGGGAUACCUACAGUACCUGGGACGGUCUGUCUGAAAAAAGACACAAACAACCUAAUUGGAAUCAGCAUUGGUGGCGGUGCUCAGUACUGUCCCUGUCUCUACAUUGUCCAGGUGUUUGACAACACGCCGGCAGCCUUGGAUAAGACGCUUGCAGCAGGUGAUGAAAUCACAGGCGUCAAUGGCAAACCAGUCAAGGGGAAGACAAAAGUGGAAGUGGCCAAGAUGAUUCAAGCUGUACAGUCCGAAGCAGUAAUCCACUACAACAAAUUGCAAGCAGACCCAAAACAGGGAAAGUCCCUUGAUAUAGUGCUGAAAAAAGUGAAACAUCGGCUGGUGGAAAAUUUGAGCUCUGGAACCGCAGACGCCCUGGGACUCAGUCGAGCUAUUUUAUGCAACGAUGGACUUGUUAAAAGACUGGAAGAAUUGGAGAAAACAGCAGAACUUUACAAAGGCCUGAUGGAGCACACCAAGCGCCUGCUCAGAGCCUUUUUUGAGCUCUCACAAACGCACAGAGCGUUUGGAGAUGUUUUUUCUGUCAUCGGAGUGCGAGAGCCCCAAACCGCUGCCAGCGAAGCCUUUGUGAAGUUUGCCAACGCUCAUCGCAACAUCGAGAAAUACGGCAUUCAGUUGCUGAAGACCAUCAAACCUAUGCUCCAUGAUUUGAACACCUACCUUCACAAGGCCAUACCCGACACCAAGCUCACCAUUCGCAAGUACCUGGAUGUGAAGUUUGAAUAUUUGUCGUACUGCCUAAAGGUGAAAGAAAUGGACGAUGAAGAAUACAGCAGCAUUGCCAUGGGAGAACCUCUGUAUCGCGUCUGCACUGGAAAUUAUGAGUACCGCCUGGUGCUGCGCUGUCGGCAGGAGGCGCGGGCGCGUUUCGCCAAGAUGAGGAAAGAUGUUCUGGAAAAGAUCGAGCUACUGGACCAGAAGCACGUCCAGGACAUAGUCUUCCAGCUCCAGCGCUUCGUGUCAGGCAUGUCUCGCUACUACGACGAGUGCUACGCCGUGCUGAAGGAGGCCGACGUGUUCCCCAUCGAGGUGGACCUCUCCCGCACCACCAUCAACUACAGCAGCCAGUCCUUGGCCUACAUGGACGAGGACGAGGGCGAGGACGGCGGGGGAGGAGCCGAGGAAGGAGGAAGCGGCGAAGGCGUCCAGGCAGAGAACGGAGGCGAAAAAUUGAUCGACGACGACUGAGUCACGUGACGUGUGUGUAGCGCCACCGCUCUCAUGUUUACUCUUAAAGUUCUCUGGGUGGGACGAUCAUGUUUGAAUGAAGACUACUGAAAUGCUGCUUUAGGACCUCUUAAUGUUUAUUUUACAAAUAUUUUUCCCCACCUAAUCAGGUUGAUGAUAAAUAACUGUGAUGGAAACGGCAAAUGUUUUUGCCCACGAAGUGCAUGUGAUUUGUGCCUUCUAAUUCUAAGUCAGGAGUGGGCUGUGGUUCUCAAACUUUGUUCACCAAGGAGCACCUCAGAACACACUUGGCUCUCCAAGCACCACCAUAUCGACCAACAGUAAAAUACGGUAGCAUAGAAGGCUUAAGCCUACUGAAAUUUGGUUUUCUUAUUUAAACAGGGAUAUCAGGUCCAUUCUAUGUGUUAUAAUUGAUCAUUUCGCGAUAUUGCCAUAUUUUUGCUGAAAGUAUUUAGUUGAGAACAUCGACGAAAAAGUUCGCAACUUUUGGUCGCUAAUAAAAAAGCCUUGCCUUUACCGGAAGUAACAGACGAUGUGCGCGUGACGUCACUGGUUGUAGAGCUCCUCACAUCCUCACAUUGUUUACAAUCAUGGCCACCAGCAGCAAGAGCGAUUCGAACCGAGAAAGCGACGAUUUCCCCAUUAAUUCGAGCGAAGAUGAAAGAUUCGUGGAUGAGGAAAGUGAGAGUGAAGGACUAGAAGAAAAAAAAAAAAGACUAUACAUUGGGAGCGAUUCAGAUGUUAGACAAAUUUACUAGGAUAAUUCUGGAAAAUCCCGUAUCUGCUUAUUGUGUUACUGGUGCUUUAGUGAGAUUAUAUGGUCGUACCUGUACGACCUGAAGGUCGGCCCCGCACCUUUCUUCAGCACCAGUCGACGGGUCGUGGCGAUGCCCAUCUCUGCCCUUCGCAAGGGACCCUCUUCGAAACACGAUCUUUCGAAAUGAUCACUGCAUAAUACACUAUACUUUGUGUGUGUGGUCCAAUCCAACCAUGUUCGCUUGACAUCUCUAUUCCAUAGUAAAGCUUGACUGUCAUCUUUGGGAAACGUAAACAAUGAAACACCAGCUGUGUUUGUGUUGCUAAAGCCGGCCGCAAUACACCGCUUCCCACCUACAGCUUUCUUCUUUGAUGUCUCCAUUGUUCAUUGAACAAAUUGCAAAAGAUUCAGCAACACAGAUGUCCAGAAUACUGCGGAAUUUCGCGAUGAAAACAGAUGACUUAAUAGCUGGGAACGAUGCUGGAACAAAAUGUCCUCUACAGUCCGUGACGUCACGCGCACUCAUCAUACCGAGACAUUUCAGCAGGAUAUUUCGGCGCGAAAUUUAAAAUUGCAAUUUAGUAAACUAACCCGGCCGUAUUGGCACGUGUUGCAAUGUUAAUAUUUCAUCAUUGAUAUAUAAACUAUCAGACUGCGUGGUCGUUAGUAGUGGCUUUCAGUAGGCCUUUAAGUAUUCGUCAAAAACAUGGCAAAGGUUUUAUUAAACAAGUAUAUGUAAUAUAUUUGGCUGCUGUAACAUCACACUUUGAACAGUAACACUGGGUUUGACUAUUUAAUGAAGGGAUUAUUUGGCGUACCACUGGACACAGUUUGAGAAUCACUGUGCUACAUGUUUGUUUGUUGGGACAGUGAGGGAUGGUGCUGCAGCUCUCACACUUCUUUCUGCUUGAAAUGCUUGCAGCUGCACGACAAAAGGGAGCUCUGCUAAAAAGAUUCACAACCAAAGUCUUUAUUAAUCCAGGCCAUUCCUUCGUGCGCUCACUUGAUCUGCAUAAACCAGGGGUGUCCAAACUUUUUGCACUGUGGGCCGCACACAGAAAAAUGAAAGCAUGUGGGGGCUAUUUUCAUAUUUUUCAUUUUCAAACUAUAACAAAAUAUAUGGAUUUUUUAAAAUGUAUUUUACCUUUAGGGGUCUCGGGGACCAUUAAGGGUCUCGGUCAUUAAAAUGUUAAAAAUAAGUCAAAUUAUUGUUAUUAUUAUUAUUAUUUAACGCUUACAGUAAAUCUCUAUAUCAACUUCAAGUUGAAAUUAAGUAAUACAAAAUGAUUAAAAAAAGGUUUUAUGGAUUUUCUGUCAAAAACAACUUCGUUUUUUAAUAGUAAAAAAAUUAAGUAAUUAGAGCCCUAAAAGAUCAAUAAUGCAGGACACAAUUGAUUUUAAUUCUGUAAUAUUUUUGGGUAAUCAAAGUGAAAAGCUAAAUAAAAAACCACUGAAUAUAUUUGGGAUCCAAAAGGUACCCCACUCAUUAAGUGAUGCAUUUUAAUUAGUCUUUUUAUUUACUUUCAACACUUAAGUUACGAGAUCAACUUCAGAUAUAUCUGUCGAUUUUACGUUCAAACUAUUAUUUUGUUUGUUUUAUGCGCUUUUGUCAAAGAAAACUUUGAUGUUUUUAUAUGACAACUACACAAUAUAUGCAAUAUUUAUCACAUAAAACUUUUUAAAGUGAAAUAUUUGAAGUAAUUGGAGCCUUGAAAAUAAUUCAUUAUAAUAUAGAUUUUUUUGUCCUUAUUUUUUUGGAGCAAUGGCAAAAAAAAAAAAGACAAAAGAAAAAAAAACAGCUUGCAUGGCAGCUUUGUCAACAUUGCAACUUUUUCUCCUUAGAUUUCACCUCAUUCCACUUUUUUUUAUUGUUUUAUUUUUUAAUUUUGCAAUAGCAUUUCCAGAAUGUGUGGCGGGCCGGUAAAGAAUUAGCUGCGGGCCGCAAAUGGCCCCCGGGCCGCACUUUGGACACCCCUGACUUAAACCAUGUUGGGAAAAGGCAAACACUACUUGUAAAUAGCAACAUUGAAGGGAACUACUGCUGAAUAUUUUAAAUUGUACCACUUUGUUAUUUAUUCUUUAUUUACACUUGCCAAAAAAUGCUUCUAUGAAAAUAUAUUUAUCUGUCGCUUAGAUGAUUCCUAUUCCAUCUUUUGGGAAAGAGGUAUAACAGGUAUCUUCUCCACUGAGUAUAUUUUGUCCAUGUACUGUAUACCAUUUCAUAAAUAAAUGGGUUGAAUUACAA